UCUCAAGGUUACAUUUGCCAGUAAUCAAAUAAUGAAUGAUGAUAAAUUUGAUGAAUUUAACGAUUCUAGUGAAUAUAAUGUAAAAAUUAUAGCCGGUACAGAACCAAAUGUUAAAGAAUUUAAAGCGCAUUCGAUUAUAUUACAAGCACGUUCUGAAUAUUUUCAGGCAGCAUUAUCUAUACGAUGGGCACGCGAACAAGAUGGUUUUUUUAUAAUCAAAAAGCCUAAUAUUUUUCCUAAAAUUUUCGAAAUUAUACUCAAUGGUAUAGAUUCCAUGGAUAACUGUGACAAAUGUGAUGGAGAAGACUCACUUGAUAUCCUAAAAGCAGCAGAUGAACUUGGGCUAUAUAGUUUAAUCCAAAAAGAAACAGCGUUAGGGCAAUUGCUGAAACGAGAUGACCUUGAAAUAGAAGAAGUUAAAAUUUGGAAUUAUUUAAUAGAAUGGGGUAUGGCCAAUUCGAAUCCACCACUGAACCGAGAUGUUUCAAAAUGGACAGAACAGGAAUUUGAAAUAUUAAAGGCUACAAUUUCACAAUAUAUACCAUAUAUAAGGUUUGGUCUAAUGCUACCAUGUGAUUAUGAAACCAAGGUUAGAAAUCCCUUUAUUUACAUUCUUCCUGAAGGGUUUGAUGAACGAAUUAUGGAGUACUUUUAUGGAUCUA